AUGAUAAAUACCGCCGUUAUAUCCAACCUUGGUUACACAAAGGCAAGUCACUUAAAGAGAUCUUACAAAACAUCGCCAAACAGUAUGCAGAUGGAAACGCUGGUCCUUCUGGCUGCGGCCGUCUCUCUCUUCACGUUGUAUACGCUCUUGUUGCGACCAGCAUUCUUUUGCCCACUUGCGAGAAUCCCGUCCGCACACUGGUCCUGCUCUGUUUCAAAUUUCUGGAUUUUACGUGCAAGAAAGCAAGGAAAGGAAAAUAAAACCCUUUUUGACGCGCACCUGCGACAUGGUCCUGUGGUUCGGGUUGCACCCAACACGCUCAGUGUUGACGGAGUGGAUGCGAUGCGAGCCAUCUACCAAGGCGGUUAUGAAAAGUCAGAUUGGUAUAGAGUGUUUGACAACUACGGGUAUGAGCAUUCGCGGAGGAAGCGAAUGAUCUCCAACGUCUACUCCAAAUCCUACAUUCACUCAUCUGCCCCAGCACGAGCCCAAAGUAAGAGCAUUUUACUGCAAAGGUUGCUUCCACUUCUAAAACAAGAGGCUGCAAAGUCAGACAACAGGGGCACGGAGGUACAGUCUAUCUUCAUGGCGACGACGAUGGAUUUAAUAUCGUCCUACGUUUUCGGCAUGCGCAGCAGCACAAACUUCAUUCAAGAUAAAGCAUAUCGUGAUCAUUGGCUGCGCCUAUACUUGUCACGUCAUCAUCAUCACUUUUGGCCGCAAGAGCUCCCCAGCUUGACCAAAUUUUGCCGGGAUAUUGGGCUACGACUGUACCCCUCGUUUGUCGAUGACGCCAAUGCGGAAAUACGUGAGUGGAAUAAACGCAUGUGCGACAAGGCUGAGGAGUCGCUGAGGAAGGACGCGGACGAACUGUACUUGCCCACUGGUGAAGCUGUUGUUUUCAAGGCUAUGCACGCGGGAAUAGACAAGGAAGAGAAGACAGAGGGAGAAGCGUCCCUACUUUACAGUACAUCCAUCCAGCAAAGAAACUUGGCGGUAGCCAGUGAGAUUUUGGACCACUUACUUGCUGGGCAUGAGACUGCAGGAAUAGUUCUGACUUACAUCGCAUGGCGAUUAUCUCAAGCACCGGAAAUCCAGGCCGAAUUACGAAAAGAGCUGCUCUCAGUUGUCCCAACAAUGAAGCAUGCGGAUGGGGACAGCGGUGAACUGCCAGACCCAAAGGUAUUAGACAACUUGCCCCUGUUGAAUGCUAUUGUGAUGGAAACGCUUCGCAUCCAUGCUCCAAUUCCCGGGCCACAACCGCGCUCAACACCAUAUCCAGGUUGUCAAAUUGGGGGAUACGACAUUCCAGGUGGUGUGCGCAUUGCGUCACUAGCACACACACUGCAUUUGGAUGAGAGGGUUUACGCGGAUGCUAAGCGGUGGGAUCCUACAAGAUGGUUGGAGAAGGACGCAGAUGAUGAGACGAGGAAGCAGAUGAAUCGGCAGUUUUGGGCGUUUGGCAGUGGAGGUCGAAUGUGCAUUGGUUCCAAUUUCGCAUUGACGGGCAUCAAGAAUGUCGUUGCUGUGAUUUACUCCAACUUUAACACAUCGAUUGCGGAUGAUAAUGGGAUGGAGCAGACUGAUGGGUAUUCAUCGAGACCGGCGGGAGACAAAUUACAUCUUAAGUUUAUAGUGGUAUAA